CUUUCGGGGCUCGACUCACCCGCGCUGCUGCCUCCGCUGAAGGAGGAGCAAAACUCAAGAUGGCCGACAAAACGCCAGGCGGAUCUCAGAAGGCCAGUUCAAAGAGCCGAUCAUCGGAUGUUCAUUCAUCUGGAUCUUCAGAUGCACACAUGGAUGCAUCUGGACCCUCAGAUAGUGAUAUGCCAAGUCGAACACGACCUAAAAGCCCAAGAAAACACAAUUAUAGGAAUGAAAGUGCCCGCGAAAGCCUUUGUGAUUCUCCUCAUCAGAAUCUCUCAAGACCUCUUCUAGAAAACAAGCUUAAAGCAUUCAGUAUUGGAAAAAUGAGCACAGCAAAGCGAACUCUAAGUAAGAAGGAGCAAGAGGAACUGAAGAAAAAGGAAGAUGAGAAGGCAGCUGCUGAAAUUUAUGAGGAAUUUCUUGCUGCUUUUGAAGGAAGUGAUGGUAAUAAAGUGAAAACGUUUGUUCGAGGCGGGGUUGUUAAUGCAGCUAAAGAUGAACAUGAAACAGAUGAAAAAAGAGGUAAAAUCUAUAAGCCAUCUUCAAGGUUUGCAGAUCAAAAAAAUCCUCCAAAUCAGUCAUCCAAUGAAAGGCCACCGUCUCUUCUUGUAAUAGAGACGAAAAAGCCCCCACUGAAGAAAGGGGAGAAGGAAAAGAAAAAAAGCAAUUUGGAACUUUUCAAAGAAGAACUAAAACAAAUUCAGGAAGAGCGUGAUGAGAGACAUAAAACAAAAGGCAGGUUAAGUCGGUUUGAACCUCCUCAGUCAGACUCUGAUGGUCAGCGACGUUCUAUGGAUGUGCCUUCAAGAAGAAAUAGAUCGUCUGGUGUUCUCGAUGAUUAUGCACCCGGCUCACAUGAUGUGGGAGAUCCCAGCACUACAAACUUAUACCUUGGAAACAUUAAUCCACAGAUGAAUGAAGAAAUGCUGUGCCAAGAAUUUGGAAGAUUUGGACCAUUGGCUAGUGUAAAAAUUAUGUGGCCUAGAACUGAUGAAGAAAGAGCACGAGAAAGAAAUUGUGGCUUUGUGGCUUUUAUGAAUAGAAGAGAUGCUGAAAGAGCUCUAAAAAACCUAAACGGAAAAAUGAUUAUGUCUUUUGAAAUGAAGUUAGGCUGGGGUAAAGCUGUACCUAUUCCUCCACACCCUAUAUACAUUCCGCCUUCCAUGAUGGAACAUACGCUCCCCCCACCUCCAUCCGGACUGCCUUUUAAUGCGCAGCCUAGAGAGCGGUUAAAAAACCCCAACGCUCCCAUGUUGCCACCACCUAAAAACAAGGAGGAUUUCGAGAAGACUCUGUCGCAAGCCAUAGUCAAAGUGGUUAUCCCAACAGAAAGGAAUUUACUCGCCCUGAUACACCGAAUGAUAGAAUUUGUUGUACGUGAAGGGCCAAUGUUUGAAGCUAUGAUUAUGAACAGAGAAAUCAACAAUCCUAUGUUCAGGUUCUUAUUUGAAAACCAGACACCAGCCCAUGUUUACUACAGGUGGAAGCUUUAUUCUAUUCUGCAGGGAGAUUCUCCAACGAAAUGGCGGACAGAAGAUUUCCGAAUGUUCAAAAAUGGAUCCUUUUGGAGGCCACCACCAUUAAAUCCAUACCUUCAUGGGAUGUCAGAGGAGCAAGAGACAGAGGCGUUUGUAGAAGAGCCUAGUAAGAAGGGAGCACUCAAGGAAGAACAGCGGGAUAAAUUAGAAGAAAUCUUGCGAGGAUUAACUCCAAGGAAAAAUGAUAUUGGAGAUGCCAUGGUUUUCUGUCUUAAUAAUGCUGAGGCUGCUGAAGAAAUAGUGGAUUGUAUUGCGGAGUCGUUGUCCAUCUUAAAGACGCCUCUUCCCAAGAAGAUAGCCAGAUUAUAUUUGGUUUCUGAUGUUUUAUACAACUCUUCAGCCAAAGUUGCCAAUGCUUCAUAUUACAGAAAAUUUUUUGAAACAAAGCUAUGUCAGAUAUUUUCAGACCUCAAUGCUACUUAUCGUACAAUUCAAGGCCAUUUACAAUCUGAAAACUUUAAGCAACGGGUAAUGACCUGCUUCAGAGCAUGGGAAGAUUGGGCAAUUUAUCCAGAACCAUUUUUGAUCAAACUUCAGAAUAUUUUCUUAGGACUUGUAAAUAUCAUUGAAGAAAAGGAAACAGAGGAUGUGCCAGAUGAUCUUGAUGGUGCUCCCAUUGAGGAAGAGCUUGAUGGUGCUCCUCUAGAAGAUGUGGAUGGAAUUCCCAUUGAUGCUACUCCCAUUGAUGAUCUGGAUGGCGUCCCUAUCAAAAGCCUUGAUGAUGAUCUGGAUGGAGUGCCUUUGGAUGCAACUGAAGACUCAAAGAAGAAUGAACCUAUAUUUAAAGUUGCCCCAUCAAAAUGGGAGGCUGUAGAUGAAUCUGAAUUGGAAGCACAAGCGGUAACGACUUCUAAGUGGGAGUUAUUUGACCAGCAUGAAGAGUCAGAAGAAGAAGAAAACCAAAAUCAGGAAGAAGAGAGUGAAGAUGAAGAAGACACUCAGAGUUCCAAGUCGGAAGAACAUCAUUUGUACUCUAACCCAGUCAGAGAAGAGAUGACCGAGUCUAAGUUCUCCAAGUACUCGGAAAUGAGUGAAGAAAAACGAGCUAAGCUUCGUGAAAUUGAGCUAAAAGUUAUGAAGUUUCAAGAUGAGUUGGAAUCUGGAAAGAGACCUAAAAAACCAGGUCAAAGCUUCCAGGAACAAGUAGAGCACUACAGAGAUAAAUUGCUGCAGCGGGAGAAGGAGAAAGAAUUAGAAAGAGAACGAGAAAGAGACAAAAAAGAUAAAGAAAAAUUGGAAUCUCGAUCCAAAGACAAGAAGGAAAAGGAUGAAUGUACUCCAACAAGAAAAGAAAGGAAGAGACGACAUAGUACCUCCCCCAGCCCAUCUCGAAGUAGCAGCGGUCGGCGAGUGAAAUCCCCAUCACCCAAAUCAGAGCGGUCCGAACGGUCAGAAAGGUCUCAUAAAGAAAGCUCUCGGUCCAGAUCUUCUCACAAAGACUCUCCUAGAGACGCUAGCAAAAAAGCCAAAAGGUCGCCAUCUGGUUCAAGGACACCCAAAAGGUCUAGGCGGUCUCGCUCUAGGUCCCCUAAGAAAUCAGGGAAGAAAUCCAGAUCUCAGUCCCGGUCUCCACACAGGUCUCAUAAAAAGUCAAAGAAAAACAAACACUGACGUAUAUUUUUAAGAUGCUGUCACUUAUUGGAAAUGCAAGUUUGUUUUGUGCCUGAAUGGUUUUUUUGUUUUUUUAAUAAAAAAAAAACCAUACACACAAAAACAAAAAAUUCUAAUGAAAGAGCAUUCCUGGGUUUUGUUUGUUGUUUGUUUGUUUGUGAAUGCAUGUGUAAGCUCAUGAGUAACUGCAUCUGUAGACCUGUCAUUGUUUUAUAUUGUAUAAAUUACUUUUGUUGUGGCUGUUUUCUCAAGAUGAAAUUUUUAUUGUGCUAAUGAAUUUCAUCAGAAAUGUGUCCAAUGGAUCUGCUGGCAGUAGUAGUAUUUUGUUUUAGGAUGUUGUGACUUAGACACAUAAUACAGAUGUCUUCCCCCCUUUUGUAGCUUUGACAAUUUGAAUUAGAUUUCAAAUAAAAUCUGAACAGAAAACUAUAAUGUUGUUUUUUUGCCCAGUUGGUGACACCAAGUCCCUUAAAGACCUAUUAAGUGAAUUUGGCACCAUGGCUGUUUCUUAUCCCGAGUGUACUUUACAGGCUCCCGUGUUUAAGUAGCAGGUAUUUUAUAAUUACUAAAAUGACUUUCAGAAGUUAAGGGACCCAACACUCCAUUUAGUAGGUUUUGCUUACCCAUUUCUGUAAAAGGGUUUCAUACCCGGAGAACAGAAGGCUCGAGUGAGAGGGAUGAUGUGUAUCUGUUAGUGCAGUGCCUGGUUCAAACAGUUCUUUCUCAAAGAAGCAACAUGACUUCAAAACACUCAGCCCAUCUUCUGAGCAAUUAACGUAUGUAGGGUAAAUUUAAUUUUUAUCUUCUAUCAUGAAACAAGUUUAUUUAUAAAAGGUUUUAUAAAAAAAUUUACCAUAGAAUUCUUUUGUAUAAUAGUUGCCUUUUUAUAAUUGUCUGUAGGUUAUCUUUAAAACACUGGUAUCAUGAUAUUUGUACAAAUUUGUUUGAAACAGCUUUUUGUUUUAAAGGAUUUGGUUUGAAGUACAGCUUUAAAUAAAAAUUAAAAAAUUAAACGGUUUUCAGGCAAUUUUAACAUCCAAUGGUUUAUAAAUUCAAGGCUCAAAAAGUUGACUUAAGCCAGCAUUGAAUUCUAUUAUAAACAGGAAGGAACUUGGCUGUGGUCUGGGGAAGAAAUAGGAAAACUUGUGAAUGUUGAUUACAAUCCCGCAGAGAAUAUGAUGCAAUAAAGGUGGUGUGGACUUGAUCUGACGCUAGUGUCUGUCAGUCUUGCUUUCAGGUUUCCAUCUAGGUACUUUUGUAGUACUUUAUGUUUUUUCUGUAAUAAUGAAUUGUUUAUGGAUUUAACUUAUUUUUUUUUUAAAUCUUUUCACCUUGUUUACUUAAUCUUGCUCAAUCACAAAAUAAGGUGUCUUUUACCUGUGAUUUGGGGAGUAGUCAUAUCAGCUAUACAGUAAGGCAUGUCUUUUCCUUAUCCAACACAUCUACAGCAGCUUUAGAAAUGAGCCAGUCACAAUUGCUUUACAUUGUGGUUCUAAGCAUGAAAAUAUUAUUCAGUCCUUGUUUACCUACUUUAUUAGGAAAUGUUAAUUCCUUCAAGUUGCUCAGAAUAAUUAAUGUGAACAUUUGGUGCUGAUUCUUAAAGAUCUAUAUAAAUACAGCCAUUACAAAAGGAACACAUUUUUCUCCCGUGUUCAUUGUUUGGGAGAAUGGCAUUUUAUAUCAUCUUUCUUUUAAGAAAAAUAGUAUUGAAUUGCUGGUUGUUGUGAUAUUCCUCAUUCUCUGGGUCUUGACAAAGAAAUAAUUGGUCAGAAAGUGAUUUUUCUUUUUUUCAGGCAAGUUAUGAAGGAUAGUUAGUUUUCUCUAUAUAACAUCUUAUAACACUUUAGCUUGGUUUUUUGGAUGUUUAUUUGUACUGCAAUCGAUCCAUAUCGUAACUAUUAUAGUUAAUUUUGGAAUGGAUAAAACUGGCUUCCUUUUGGGUAGGUGGGUAAUUACUUAGACCUGAUAGAAUAAGUUUUGGAAUUCUUUGAUGUUUAUAUUAUGUUAUGUUGGAUUUUGUUUUCUUGAAUUGUAAAUAGCAUUAACUAGAUUAUUUCCCAUUUUUCAGUAUGAGGAAACAUCUAGAAUAAGCUGUUAAAAUUCACAAUGGAUUCAAGUGGCACACACUUGUUAUUUCAGCAUUGAGGCUACGAAACUGUAAGCUCAGGAGUUGAGAACACCUUGGGCAAUAGAGAUCCUGUCUCAAAAACAGGGUCCCUGUAAAUUUAAUGGGAUCAGAAACUGGUCUUACGAGAAGGAGGCUGUUCUGCAUAUUUUUUUAAAUAAUAGCUUAGUUUUCAUAUCUAAAGAACACAUAGCAUAAUUUCUGUGAGUUAAAGUGUUCAUAAAUGAUCUGAGAGUUACAGGAAAGAUGGUUCUGGCUCUGUAGCGCACAGCUGUGGUACUCCACAAAUUGUAUGAGCUGCCCUGUUGUCCAUCCUACAACGUUUCCUGACGCAGGGACUCCCUCCCAAGGUCAUGCCAUUUGCUGAUCUUCACAGAGGCAGAAGUGACAUGCGGGUUGAUUUCUUACUAAAGAGAGACCCAUGACUAAAGAGGAUUGUGAGGUCGUUUUCUUUGGCAUUAUAUUCACAUUUUUCUGUGAGUCAGCAUCUGGGGGUUUCUAAUUGUAGUGAGUUCGAGAUUAAGGAACUAGGGAGACAGAAAGCCCUGAUCCCAAAGGAUCCUUUUAUUUGGUUCACAAUAUUUUUGGCUUUUUUGCUAAAUUUUGGAGAAAUUGCUCUAUGCUGACCUAAUUUUCUUUAUUGCAGACCAUUCCUAUGGGCUUAACCUGAGAAUUGAAUUCUAGUUAAAGAAUGGUGGAAGGAAUACUUCCUUCUGACCUGUGUAUUUUUCCCCAUUCUUUAAUAUUCUUGAGUACUUGAAAAACACCUUAAAAGAAACUGCUCAAAUGUAGCUUUAUUAGAAAUACCCUCUGCACUUGGCUUGAUGGUGGUGUAAGUUCUAAGAACUUGCAUGAUCACGACAAUAGUUUAUCAUGGUUAAAAAUACGGAGAGUUAAACCUGUUGCCGAAAUGAGUUAACCCAUUCUGAUGACCACAGCUGUGUGAGUUCUUUAGCUGAGAAAGUUGUUUAUAAAAAUAAACUACCGCUUUUCUGAGGUACUGCAUUUUCAAAAUAAACCUUUGUUUGUUUGUUUCCCUCUUCUGACUUGUAGUGGCCGAGCUUACAAAAACUUGUUUGCAGGGAUUUGCGAAGACAGCAUAAGUUUAAAAGGUCUGUGAUGAAACUCACAUUAGCAACAUGUUUGGGGUUUUCACAUUUUCAUGUGCAUGUUUUGGAAUAGAUUUUAGGGAGUGUUUAUUAUCAUUUUGGAUUUCUCCUGUUUUUGUUGCCAACUCCUAAGAUUUAGCUAAUACACAAGACAAAUCCUAGGGCCGUGCAGUGGUAGACUAGUAAGAGGUGGGAAUGUGCUGCUGUUGAGAGUGAACCUGUUGGAAUGUCUCUGUUUAUUCAGUACCACCUCCUGCAGCUCUAAUGUAAAUGGAGUAUGUGUAUAUGUAUACUUUUGUAGCUAGAAUGUCCUCCUUCACUUUUGUAUGUAAUUGUGUUUGGAGUGUCAAUGUUUUUUUUCCCCUUUUAACUUCAGGCCCUUGUAUGUUGUGUCUCUGAUUUGAAAUAGCAGAGAAGACAGAUUUGUAGAAAUGGCUCAGUCAAAGUGCACUGCAAUGGGACAGAUGUCUCGGAAGGCUGGUGGGCUGCCUUCUGGAUGCGACUGGCACCUUAAGAGUUUCUAUGGAAAGAUUAGUCGCAAACAAAGCUUGUAGACGUCACUUUGUUGUUUUUCUUUUAACUUUUAAUUACUUAAAUAAAAUGCAUUGUUUUUAUAGUAA